CACAAGCGAAGUGGGCUUGCACGCAAAAUGCCAUGGCCUCAGCAGUCAGCAGCACCAAAGCCAAUCCAAGUUGGGUUCCACUCGCAGCCGGCGAUGGACUCCACCCCGGGCAACCCGGCCGCCGGCAGCCGCAGCAGCGCCAUCGCGUCCAGGGGUGCGACGGCUCCGGCCCCGCUGACCAUGCCGGGCGGCGAACCCUCUGAUGCCCUCGUGGGCGGCGGUGCCGGAGGAGCGGACGGGGACCCCCGCGUCGCCCUCCUCCGCCUGGCUGCCCUCGGGGACCGCAUGGCCGCCGUCCGGGGCCGUAUCGCCGCCUCCAUCUCCGGCGUGGCCCGGCCCCUCUCCUACGCCGACAUCCAAUCCGUCUCCUUGGAGAUCUCCUCCGCCGCCCAGCACGUCGUCCUCAACGCCGCAUCGCUCCUCGCUUCCUCCGUCCCCUUCCCCGCCCCGCCUCCACCUCCUACCGCCGCCGCUCCCUCUCCGGCUCCCUUCCGAGAGAUCCCUGCUGCGGCCGCCUCUGCCCAGGCCCAAGAGCAACCCCUAGAAGCUGCCAAGGGCGACGGCGGCUACGAGGUCGUGGAGCUCGACGCCGCCGAGCUGCUCGCGGAGCACGUCCACUUCUGCGAGAUCUGCGGCAAGGGCUUCCGCCGCGACGCCAACCUCAGGAUGCACAUGCGCGCGCACGGGGACCGCUUCAAGACCCUCGACGCCCUCUCCCGCCCCGGCCAGGCCAAGCCGAAGCCUCCCGCCGGCGACCGCGAGGUGCGGUUCUCCUGCCCCUUCGCGGGCUGCAACCGGAACCGCGCGCACCGCCGCUUUCGGCCGCUCAAAUCGGCGGUCUGCGCGCGGAACCACUUCCGGCGCAGCCACUGCCCCAAGCUCUACGCCUGCGAGCGCUGCGACGGGAAGAAGCGCUUCGCCGUCCUCGCUGACCUCCGCAGCCACCUGCGCCACUGCGGCGAGGAGGCCCAGUGGCGAUGUUCCUGCGGCACCACAUUCUCGCGCAAGGACAAGCUGUUCGGCCAUCUAGCCCUCUUUGAAGGCCACACUCCAGCCGUCACCGAGCCAAACAAGAAUGUGACAGCAGGACCUACAGAGCCAAUUCUUGAUGCCAUGGAGGAAGGAGGAAUUGAAGAAGGCAAUUGUGACCAGGAGGAGGAUGAGGAGGGCGGCUAUGAUCCAGAGUUCUUCAAGGAGUGGAUGGAGGAGCUCAGAGGUGGUGCCAGUGGCUCGAAUUGGCCUGGACCUGCAGCAGCUGGACAUUAGCAAUGUUGAGAGGGCUGUCUGUGUUGUCUUGUAGAUUACUUGACGAGGGAUAUCAGCUUGCAUCAAGUGACCAGGAGGAUCGAAUGAAGAAGGGCUGUUGUGAAGAACUGAAAUGUUGCAGAGUGUUAAUCUGUAGGUUUUAUCUUUACCAGCGUAUAUGCGUGCGUUCUGACCUGUAACCUGUAUGGUAUGGUGCGUCUGUCCCUCCGUUGCCAUCCUCCCAUCCUCAGUCGCUUUUCAUGUAAUCCUGAGAGCUGUUACCGGUUAAUUGGAGUACAUCCGAGAAAUGGGUUAUGCUAUACCAGUCGUCUCCUCUCUGUUGCGUGGUCAUGGAGUAACGGAGGAGGAGGAAUGAUAAUUUCUCUGGGAUCA